AGUGUCCGCUCUGUGUUCUUCAGAUCUGGUUUGCAGCAGCACUGGAGCAUCAAUCCAGCCAAGAUACUGGGAGAAACCUAGAAGUCGGAACAAGAAGAAGAACCUCUCCAAGCAUCUCCAAACGGACGGGAUCUUUUUAAUAUAUAUAUAUAUAGAGAGAUAAAUAAUAAAAAUACUCAGAGGUGUAGACUCAGAGGACUUGCCUGCACCAUAACAGGAGACGUGUGUGGUGUGCUUGCUGUUUUAUUCUGCAGUUUGACACCUUGUGCAACAUGCAAAGAUCAACUUGAGGCGCAUCCGGACAUGCAUUCUUCUUGUUUUUUGUUUCGUUUUGUGCAUUCAUGGAUGUAAGAGAAGAGAUGCGCACAGCAGAUUUUUGGGGCGGAAUAACAGCCUGAUCUCAGGGCCUUUUCUUCCCUCCUGUCUCCUGACUGAUGCUUGGAUGCUGUAGCCGGACCCUCAUCUUCAUCCUGAUGCGACCUCGUGGCUGGGACUACACCGUGCGUUGUGAUGCUCCUUCUGCAUGCCCAGUCUGAUACCGAGUCUCACCACACCUGUGCGUUUCCAGAAUGCCCCGUUUCGAAGAUGACCUGCCGGUCCGGUAUGGAGGCGGCUCUCCGUCGGGUGCGGGCCGAGGCCCGAGCCGGCAGCAGGGCCCCCCGGGCACUCACAGGAUCUAUAAACAGACCAUGGCUCAGCGAGCCCGCACCAUGGCCAUCUACAACCCCAUCCCUGUCAAGCAGAACUGUCUCACCGUCAACCGCUCUCUCUUCAUCUUCAGCGAGGAUAACGUGAUCCGUAAAUACGCCAAGAGAGUCACUGAGUGGCCUCCAUUUGAGUACAUGAUCCUUGCCACCAUCAUCGCCAACUGCAUUGUCUUGGCCUUGGAGCAGCAUUUACCUGCGGACGAUAAAACUCCGAUGUCCGAACGACUGGAUGACACAGAGCCCUACUUUAUUGGCAUAUUUUGCUUUGAGGCUGGGAUUAAGAUUAUUGCACUUGGCUUUGCGUUUCAUAAAGGCUCCUAUCUCCGUAACGGCUGGAAUGUAAUGGAUUUCGUCGUUGUGCUGACGGGGAUUCUGACUACCGUUGGGACAGACUUCGACUUGCGGACGCUCAGGGCAGUGCGAGUCCUACGGCCACUUAAGCUGGUGUCUGGAAUUCCCAGUCUUCAGGUGGUCCUGAAGUCCAUCAUGAAAGCCAUGGUGCCUCUGCUGCAGAUUGGCCUGCUGCUUUUCUUUGCCAUCCUCAUGUUUGCCAUCAUUGGCCUGGACUUCUACAUGGGCAAGUUCCACCGUGCCUGCUUCAGCGACGAAACUAAUGAGCAGAUGGGCGAGUUUCCAUGUGGCCUGCAUGCUCCAGCUAACACCUGUGGAAAUGGCACCACCUGUAGAGAGUACUGGUCUGGCCCAAACUUUGGCAUCACCAACUUUGACAACAUUCUCUUUGCUGUACUCACCGUCUUCCAGUGCAUCACCAUGGAGGGCUGGGUGGAAAUCCUCUACAAUGCCAACGAUGCCUCAGGGAACACCUGGAACUGGCUGUACUUCAUCCCCCUCAUCAUCAUCGGCUCCUUCUUCAUGCUCAACCUCGUUCUUGGAGUGCUGUCAGGGGAGUUUGCUAAGGAGCGGGAGCGUGUGGAAAAGAGGCAGGAGUUCCUAAAGCUGCGCAGACAGCAGCAGAUUGAGCGAGAGCUCACUGGCUACCUGGAGUGGAUCUGCAAAGCAGAGGAAGUCAUGCUUGCUGAGGAGGACAAGAAUGCAGAGGAGAAGUCUCCACUGGAUGGUGCUUGGUACAAGAGGAAAUGCAACAACCCAGUUCUGAAAAGAUCCAAGAAGAGCAAAAAUGACAUCAUCAGUGGAGAAGAAGGAGAGGAUCAUUUCACGGAUAUCUCGUCAGUCGCACCCCAGGGCUCCCCAUUUGCUCGCACCAGUGUGAAGAGUAGCAAGAACGAGAGCUCCUCAUAUUUACGCAGGAAAGAAAAGCGAGUGCGCUUCUUCAUCCGGCGCAUGGUGAAGUCUCAGGGCUUCUACUGGACUGUGUUGUGUCUGGUAGGACUGAACACGCUGUGUGUGGCGAUAGUGCACUACGACCAGCCCGACUGGCUCACCUAUGCUCUCUAUCUGGCAGAGUUUGUAUUCUUGGGCCUGUUCUUGAUUGAGAUGAGUCUGAAGAUGUACGGCCUCGGCCCCCGGAGCUACUUUCACUCUUCCUUCAACUGUUUCGACUUUGGCGUGAUUGUAGGGAGUAUUUUUGAGGUGAUAUGGGCGGCAGUUAAACCCGGGGCAUCUUUCGGCAUCAGCGUGUUACGAGCUCUGCGGCUGCUGAGGAUCUUCAAGGUUACAAAGUAUUGGAACUCUUUGAGGAACCUGGUGGUGUCUCUGUUGAACUCUAUGAAGUCUAUCAUCAGCCUAUUGUUCCUCCUGUUUCUCUUCAUUGUGGUAUUCGCUCUGCUUGGGAUGCAGCUUUUUGGGGGACAGUUCAAUUUUGAAGACGAGACUCCAACAACAAACUUUGACACCUUUCCAGCAGCAAUCCUGACAGUGUUCCAGAUUCUGACAGGAGAGGACUGGAAUGCAGUGAUGUAUCAUGGGAUCGAAUCUCAGGGAGGAGUGGGCAGUGGCAUGUUCUCCUCCGUCUACUUCAUCGUCCUCACGCUAUUCGGAAACUACACUCUUCUUAACGUCUUCCUGGCUAUUGCUGUCGACAACCUUGCCAACGCACAGGAGCUCACUAAGGAUGAGGAGGAACAGGAGGAGGCCAUCAGUAAGAAGCUGGCCCUCCAGAAGGCUAAAGAGGUGAAGGAAGUCAGCCCCAUGUCAGCUGCUAGCAUCUCUCUGGCAGCGAAUUAUGUCUGCUCCCCUGCCCAUCACUACUUGAGCCAAGAGCAGCGACGCUCACUGAAGAUGAUGUCCGUAUGGGAGCAACGCACCACACAGAUCCGGAAGCACAUGCGAGCCAGCAGUGAGGCCCUGUACCAUGAGGAACUCAACCCUCGCCUGACCUCUACCCAGCACCUACGGCCCGACAUCACCACCCACUUGGACCGGCCACUGGUGGUGGAGCCAAGAUGUGACUGGGACAAGCCCAGGGACUUGAGAGUUGACCCAGGCACACCUGAGGACCCCAACCCACAGGUACCUUCGGAGCCCCUUACCAUAGAGCCUCCUCAGUCCCAACCCCCACGUAAACACCAUCAUCGGAGACGUGAGCGAACUUCCAAUGAAGCCCAAGAAAACGGUGAAACUGGAGCCUCACGUCACCACGUGCACCACAGCCGCAGCAAGGAGACUGAGGGCACACGGACCAAAGAUGGCAAGAGUGAGCGCAGUCACAGCCGUGAUGCUAGGGGAGACCACAGACACCACCGUUCACAUAGGGCAGGACGUGAGGGCAAUGGUGUUGUUGGCACCAAGGGUGAGAGACGCUCACACCAUAGAGAAGGCUCACGCUCGGUCAGGGGGGAUGGAGAAAGGAGCUCACGAGGGGAGGAAGGGGGCAAUGGGGGCAGGAGGAGGCACAGGCAACGGGCUGGCAAGGUGCAGUCUACACUAGAGGGCAGUGAGCAGAGAGAGAAUGGAGAGCAAGAAGAGGUCAAGCCUUCAGAACACAGGCAAACUGAAAUGGGAAAUAUACCGCCUGCAACUUCAAAGCAGCUUGUGGUGGGGGAUCGGUGGGGACUGGAGAAACCAGAAGACUCUGAUAACCAGCGAAAUGUCAGCCGUUCAGGAGGCCUGGGGGUCCAUAUCCCUGUCACUAUCACCUCUCCACCGGGAGAGACCACUCUCAUCGCCAUGAACAGUAUAGACAGCGAAACAGUGCCCAUGACUGAGAAGAACCUGGAGGAAGUGAACCAGAGCGGUCCACGCCCUAUCCUUCCUUACAGUUCCAUGUUUAUCUUUGGCCCAACUAACCCGGUGAGGCGUUUGUGCCACUACAUAGUCAGUCUGCGUUACUUUGAGAUGUGUAUCCUGAUGGUUAUAGCCAUGAGCAGCAUUGCACUGGCUGCUGAAGACCCAGUUAAUGCCAACGCACUGCGGAACUCCGUGCUGAAGUAUUUGGACUACGUCUUCACCGGUGUGUUCACAUUUGAGAUGGUAAUUAAGAUGGUGGAUUUGGGCUUGCUGUUGCAUCCAGGCUCGUACUUCAGAGACUUGUGGAAUAUUCUGGACUUCAUUGUGGUCAGUGGAGCCCUGGUGGCAUUCGCAUUCACAGGGACCAAAGGCAAAGACAUCAGCACCAUCAAGUCUCUCAGGGUGUUACGAGUCCUGCGGCCUCUGAAGACCAUCAAGCGCUUGCCAAAACUGAAGGCCGUGUUCGACUGUGUGGUGAACUCCCUGAAGAACGUGCUGAAUAUCCUCAUCGUCUACAUCCUCUUCAUGUUCAUCUUCGCCGUCAUUGCCGUGCAGCUUUUCAAGGGCAAGUUCUUCUACUGCACAGAUGAGUCCAAAGGCCUGGAGAGGGACUGCAGAGGGCAGUUUCUGGACUACGAUAAACAGGAGGUCUCAGCCCAGUCCAGAGAGUGGAAGAAAUAUGACUUUCACUAUGAUAACGUGCUCUGGGCCUUUCUCACACUCUUCACUGUAUCCACAGGAGAGGGAUGGCCUACGGUUCUGAAGCACUCUGUGGACGCCACCUUUGAGGACCAGGGUCCCAGUCCUGGCUACCGUAUCGAGAUGUCCAUCUUCUACGUGGUCUACUUUGUUGUCUUCCCUUUCUUUUUUGUCAACAUCUUUGUGGCCUUGAUUAUUAUCACGUUCCAGGAGCAGGGAGAUAAAGCCUUGUCCGAGUGUAGUUUGGAAAAAAAUGAGAGAGCCUGUAUCGACUUUGCCAUCAACGCCAAACCGCUGACACGCUACAUGCCCCAGAACCAGCAGUCUUUUCAGUACCGGAUGUGGAAGUUUGUCGUUUCUCCACCUUUCGAGUACUCAAUCAUGAUCAUGAUCGCCCUCAACACCGUGGUCCUCAUGAUGAAGUACUACGAUGCUCCAGGUGCCUAUGAAGCAAUGCUGAAGUAUCUCAACAUCGUCUUUACAGCCCUUUUUUCACUGGAGUGUGUUCUGAAGAUCAUUGCUUUCGGGCCUUUGAACUACCUGAAGGAUGCGUGGAAUGUGUUCGAUUUCGUGACAGUGCUGGGGAGCAUUACAGAUAUCCUGGUCACUGAGAUUAAUGAUCGUCUGCUAAACCUGAGCUUCCUGAGGCUCUUCCGAGCUGCCCGUCUCAUCAAGCUCCUCCGGCAGGGUUACACCAUCCGCAUCCUGCUUUGGACGUUUGUGCAGUCCUUCAAGGCUCUGCCUUAUGUCUGCCUUCUGAUCGCUAUGCUGUUCUUCAUUUAUGCCAUUAUAGGAAUGCAGGUCUUUGGAAACAUCAAGCUGAACGACGACACGGCCAUCAACCACCACAACAACUUCCGCACGUUCCUGCAGGCUCUCAUGCUGCUCUUCAGGAGUGCUACAGGAGAGGCCUGGCACGAGAUCAUGCUGUCGUGUCUGAGUCACCGUCCAUGCGAUGAGAAGUCCGGAAUGGUGGAAGACGAGUGCGGCAGCGACUUUGCCUACUUUUAUUUUGUCUCCUUCAUCUUCCUUUGCUCUUUUCUGAUGCUGAAUCUGUUUGUGGCUGUGAUCAUGGAUAAUUUUGAGUACCUGACCCGGGACUCCUCCAUCCUGGGUCCCCAUCACCUGGACGAGUUCAUCCGCGUGUGGGCUGAGUACGACCCGGCUGCAUGUGGCCGUAUCAAGUACCGCGAUAUGUAUGAGAUGCUGCUCCACAUGUGCCCACCUUUAGGUUUGGGAAAGAAAUGUCCGCCACGAAUCGCCUACAAGCGUCUGGUGAAGAUGAACAUGCCCAUCGCCGAUGACAACACGGUCCACUUUACCUCCACGCUCAUGGCUCUAAUCCGCACUGCACUGGAGAUUAAACUGGCCUCAGGAAUCGUGGCCCAGCGUCUGUGUGAUGCAGAGCUAAAGAAGGAGCUGGCGACUGUCUGGCCAAACUUGUCUCAGAAGACCAUGGAUCUACUGGUGACACCACACAAACCUAACGAGCUGACAGUUGGGAAAGUGUACGCUGCUCUCAUGAUCUUUGACUACUACAAACAGAACAGAGCCAAGAAAAUGCAGAUGCAGCAGGCCAAAGAUCAGCCAGGACCACAGAACGAUGUACGUGAUCUCCUGGAGCCCAUUCUGAACCCUGUGCAAGAGAAGAGCAGGAGUCCAUCAGAUAUCCAGCCUCCCAGACCCAGCUCUGACACACUGAACAACGGACACACACCCCAUGACAACACCAUUAAAGACUCCUCGUCUUGGGCUUCAGAGAAAAACAAAGAGGUCCAGAGGCCAAAGAAACGACCCAUUCUGAGAGGCCAGUCAGAAGACAUCUCAAACACAAACACUGCCCAGGUGCCAGUAGAGAUGAGGAAAAUGGAGAACAGUGCCAAUACAGUAGCUCCUGCUGGUUUAGAAGGUCAAGGACGAGCAGUGUCCAUGCCCAAACUCAGCGCAGAGAUGCAGAGAAGUCAUUCGCGACACUCUCCAGGAACUUUACUUGCACCAAUUCCUGACUCCCCCCUGAGGCGCUCGGUGUCCACGUUUGCCCCACAGCGUCCUCCGGAGGUUAUCGCAAAUGACUAUGUUCUGGAGAAGCCUGCACAAGAGCGAACGCAUCACCAUCAUCAUCAUCACCGCUGCCAUCACCGGAGAGACAGAGAGAAGAAGCAGAGGUCACUGGAUAGGUCACCCGGCGGACAACCUAAUAGCACGGGUGGUACAGCAGCUGACUCUGCGGGAGACUCUUCGUUUCGGGAGAGAGGGCACGACCGAGGCCGUUCCCACGAAAGGAAACACCAUUCGUCAAUGGCAGAGAAGCAGCGCUAUUACUCAUGCGAUCGCUACGGCAGCCGCGAGCACUUUCCCGCUAAGCCUGCGCCAGCCAGCUGUGCCACCUCACCCGGAGAGGCUCAGGAGACCGCCUUCACCAAGCAGGGCAGUGGUUGGGCUAAAGGGAGCUCGGUGUUGUUGAGUUCGGGCUCGAGCACGCCCAGCCGCGGGCGCAGGCAGCUGCCCCAGACGCCCCUGACCCCUCGCCCAGCGGUGACCUACAGGACUGCCAACUCCUCCCCCAUGUCCUCUGCGGGCACCCGGACCACCCUCCCUCCCCCGAGUCCCGUAAUGCGCAUCAGCUCCGAGCCGUAUCUCCGGCCCCAGACAACGCUGCUGAGCCCACAGCAGAUCGUGACCCUUCCACCGCUGUCCCAGCAUUCCCUACUUGGAAUGCCCAAUGGGUACCACUACAUCAUGGGCGUGACUGCAGGGCCUGGCGGCAGCAGCGACAACAUCCAGCGCUACUACCUUGAAGCUGAGGAGGAAGAAUGGUGCUAGUACGGCUUUAACAGAAACACAUACACACACACACACACACACACACACACACACACACACACACAGAGAUCUGCUGACAAUUCCGUGUGUUUUUGUUUUUCUUGGAACAUUUUGAUGAGUUUUAUCAUCUCUUGUUUCAUGGAACAUGUGUAUGUGGACAUACAGUACAUUCAUUUUUGCAGAGAGGGAAAAGGUACAUGAAAAGAGAGCCCCAGACUGCUGCUUGAUGUGUUUUAAUGUUAUCUAACUGGGCUUGAAUUCUGCCUUUAUGAUAAAGACAUGAUAGAUCUGGAUGCGUAUAUAAGUUUCUGCUCUUAAUUCCCUGCCUUUGUGAGAGAGGUCACAGUCUGAAUGAUGGACAACAACAUAAAAAAAAGUCUGGGAAAACAGCGACCUGUGGAGGUCAACUGCUUAGAAUACAAAGUCACUGUCUUCUGGGUAACUGUCCAGUGAGCCACGUCUCCCAUGCUGAAAUGCUGAAAUGUUGCUAAGAACAUUACGUUUUGUGUGUUUUCCGUCUUUGGAAAGCUGAACCAUUCCUGUGCGCUAUGUAUGUGCACACACACACACAUACAAACAUACAUAUGCUAUAUAUAUACUGUGUGUGUGUGUGUAUAUAUAUAUAUAUAUAUAUAUAGUAUGUACAGUACUGUGCAAAAGUCUUUGGCACCCUAUUUUUUUUUUAUCCAAACUUUGUGAUAAAUCUCUAUUUUAUGACUUCCACAUUAUCGAGUUACAAAUAUUCAUUUUCCAGCACAACAUUAAAUGUGGCAGGAAAAAAAAGUUUGUAUCUGAACAGCAUAUUAGACAAGAGACCAUUUUUCAGAUUAACAAAGAAAACGUAACUGGAUAGAGACUGUGACUAAAGUCACAGUGAUUUGCGCUAGUUCUUACAAACCGGGACGUCUGGUCACCGUACCCUAUAGAUCCGGAACAGGAAGAGAUAGAGAAUGAUGCUUAGUGAGGAAAAAAGCCCGUUUUUCACGGAUCAUUCCAGUUCAGUGAUCCAGAUCAGCACCAAAAGUCAUAGCAACUUAAUUCACGCAUCCAUUAUCUAUAACCACUUAUCCUGUGCAGGGUCACAGGCAAGCUGAAGCCUAUCCCAGCUGACUAUGGGCGAGAGGCAGGGUACACCCUGGACCAGAUCAGCACAAGGCUGACACGUAGAGACAAACAAUCAUUCACAUCUACAGUCAAUUUAGAGCCACCAAUUAGCCUAACCUGCUUGUCUUUGGACUGAGGGGGGAAACCGGAGCACCCGGAGGAAACCCACACAGACACCGGAAGCACAUGCACACCCCACACAGAAAGGCCCCCGUCAGCCGCUGGGCUUGAACCCAGAACCUUCUAGCUGUGAGGCAACAGUGCUAACCACUACACCACCAACUUAAUUCAGCCCAGAGGUAUUCUUCAUGUGAAAUUUGGUGAUGAUUGGUUGAAAACUGAGGGAGAAAUAGUGUCCUCAAACAUUAGGAUAAUAAUAAUAAUAAUAAUAAAAUAGAAAGAUCCUGCGUGAGAGUAACAAUUUGCGCUAUCACUGCUAGCGCAAAUUAAUGAAGGCUGCUGGGUUUUGGUGCGAAAUGAAGAAGCGAGUGUGACAGUCAAAGUGUCCAGAAGAACUGUGGCUGGUUCUGGAAGAUGCUCAGUAAAACCUACAGCUCAUUUCCGCAUAAAACUGCACUCACUGUACCUCAGACUACUAUUUUUUUUUAAAUAAAGUGUCGUCUCACACUAAAUAUUGACUUCGUUUUAUUUCUCAUGGCUUACUGAUUACUGUUUAUAGUAUCUUUUUGAUGUUGAAACAUUUCAUUUCAUUAUUUUUUUAAGCCAUUUUUGGUCUCCAGCAUUUCUUUACAUGUGCCUCAGACUUGCGCAGUACUGCGUGUGUGUUUGCGCGUGU